GGAGACAGCCUUCCUAUUGGACAGCGGCGCUCCCGAGCGGACCAACCGCUCUCCCUCUCGCGCGCGCGCCUGCACUCGCCGCCGUUCCAGGUGGCCCCGGGAGGCUGAGGCCGUUGCUCCCAUCCGCCGCUCCCACUCCGCCGCCGCUCGUCCGCCGCCGGAGAUCGCAGGCUUUGACCUGCCGAGAGAAGCUCCCGUCCCGGUCAAACCGGCAGAGACCAGCUGGCCGGCAGCCAUGGCCUCAGAUCUGCUGAAAGCCAUGGAGGAUGAGGUGAAGUGUCCCGUCUGCAUGAGCUACCUGAAGGACCCGAUCUUCAUCGACUGUGGCCACAUCUUCUGCCGGAGGUGCGUCAAAGUGAUCUGCCAGUCCAGGGGCCUUAGAGGACCCCCCAUCUGCCCGGUGUGCAACUUGCGAUUUCAUCAGGAGACCAUCAAGCCGGCCUGGCAGGCGGCCAACAUGGUGAAGAAUAUCGAAGACCUGCGCCUGAAGCUGGAGAAGCGGGCCGGAGAAGAGCAGCGCUGCCUGGCCCACGGGGAGAAGCUGCAUUUCCUCUGCGAGGACGACGGGCAGCUGCUGUGCAUGGUCUGCAGGGAGUCCCGGGAGCACCGGCUCCACAAGAUGUCGGUCAUCAAGGAGACCGUCUUCACCUGCAAGAGUGAGAUCCAGCUCCAUGUCCAGGCCCUGCAGAAGGAAAAGAUCCAGGUUCAGAACUUCCAGGCUAGCGGAGAAGGGAAAGUCCAGGGCCUGCUGGCUUGGGUAGAAGUGGAGAAACGGAAGGUGGUGUCCGAGUUCGAGCAGGUCCGUCAGUUCCUGAAGGGUCGGGAGCACCUUCUGUUGGGGAAGCUGGAGGAGCUGGAGCAGGAUGCUCAGAGGGGCCGGGCGGAGAUGGUGGCCGCGGUCUCUGCCGAGAUAGCCCAGCUCGAGGUGCUGAUCGGCGAGCUGGAGGAGAAGAGCCAGCAGGAGGAGACCGAAAUGCUGCAGGGCAUCAAGGGCUCCCUGAGCAGGUUCCAGAGGAAGAAGUUCCUGAAACUGAACCCCAUUUCCCAGUUAAUGGAGAGAAGAAUGAACGGUUUAACCCUGAAGAUUAACUCCCUGCAGAGGAAUCUUAAGGAAUUCCAAGGGAAGAUGCAGAGAGAACUGGAGUCCGACCCAGCUGGUCCAGGUAGUGACCUGCCCAAGAUGCUGAGGACCAAUGACCUGCAUUUCCUGCAGCCAAACGGCGUCUCCUGGUUCCCCGAGGCCCACCUCCAUGUCUUCCCAGUGCCCUGUAACGUGGCUUCUCUGCCUGCCUUCCCGCUCUUCUUCAAGAACCAGGGGCCUCCCAGCCGCUAGAGAGGCUCUGGAGUGGCCUGCUGCCGGCCACCGGACGGGGGGACGGCCCACGCCAGCACCUCCACGUUGACGUUGGGGAUCUCCGGAGGAG